GUUGCACACAUGUUCAGAGGAGUCAGUGCGGGAUCAUCACGUUUUAUAUUUUAUUUUUUAAAUUAUUUAUCGCAAUAUGCAAGUUCAAACAGAUGCAAUAUGCGUGAGAGUGCUUACAUUUGAUAAACUACUACUUGCUGUCGGAAAUCAGCUGUUUUUCCUGCACGUUGAUGUCGAUGGUUCGACCCAGCGACAACCGGUACGUUGCCUGCCACCGAACUUAAAAGAUAAGAUUCAUGGAAUCGAUUUUCGGAAGCUAACAUCGGGUGGCUGGUUGAUUAUGCUACGAUCAGGCCGAGAAGUGUACUCGUUGGUUCUCGGACAGGACAAUACUUUUUCGCAAAUGAAACAAGUCCAACUCUACAACCGAAUCGAAAAUGUUUUGUACCUUCCUGAAAGCAGAACUCUUCUUACAUAUGCCUCGCGGCGAUUAAACGAUUUGAUUAGCGCUGUAAAAUUUAUUGGCGAAAAUGAGGCAUGCCUGAUAACAGCACACGGAGUUGCCGCUCGUUUAUGCCAUGAUUACUUCGGCGAUUGGUUUGUUUCGGAAAUUUGCUGUUGUGAAGAUGGAUCUACGCUGUAUUGCUCGCAGAUUGUUGGAAACGACUGGGCGAGUGCGCUUUGUUUCAGUGGAACGGCACUAGGUUUGCUUCUCGCUUGGCGUUUUGGCGGUCCGAAUAAAGGGCAGAUCUUAUGUAGUGUAUCUGCCCACAGAGGAGUGGUAUUUUCAAUUGAAUGCGAUUUAGAGCGUUAUUUCCUGACAACUACCUCUGAUGAUCGAUCAGUAAAGUUUUGGAAAAUACAGAAUGUCGGUCCUGAACUGGUGUUGUCAGAAAUGUCGUACUGCUUCGGACACACGGCAAGGGUGUUUCAGAGUCGAAUCAUCCGAGAGAAUGACCUUAACUGGGUGGUCUCCAUAGGAGAAGAUUCCAAUCUGUGCCUAUGGGAUGAAUCGGGCAAUCUCGUGCACAAGCAACGAAUGGAAGAUGGAGCUACGCUGUGGAAUUUAGAUUACGACCAAAUGACAAAAACCAUUUUUAUUUGUGCUAGUAAUGGAAAUGUAUCGAAACUUGGAAUUGAAAAGUUUUUGAAAUCAAAUCAAGAUCGUAUGGUUGUUCGAGAUGUAACCCCUGAUUUGGAUGGUGAUCACCCGACGAAGGUCAAGUUGUAUUCUGAUGGAUCUAUCAUAGCAGUCACCAACAGCAAUCGUGUUCUAGCGAUACGAGAUUCACAGAAACUGGAAAUGAUUGAUCAUCUAGAGGAUCAACUAAAAUGUAGUAUUUUAGAAGUAUCAAACGACAGAAUUUAUGUUGCUGGAGAUGGAUGGAUCAGAAUGUACAUUGAUUUAAGAUUUAGUCCGCCAUCCCCAAAAUCUAGAAAACUCACCAAUUUCGUCGAAAAAUCCCCUAGAAAUUACUUGUCAAAGCACUUGCAAUUGGAUUUUAAUCGCCCAGAACUAGCGCUGGAAGAAGAUCAGAUUCAAUUCAGCAUAAUUCGGUCGUUGCACAUUUGCAGCAGCAAUUUUGGUCUAGUUAUAUGCGACAAUAACGGUCGAUGCUUGGUCUAUGACCAGGAUGUCGAAACCCUUAAAUCCUGCCACCGAAUACCAAAAACAAACGAACGUUGGUUGACAUCGGCGUACUACCUGGAACCAAACCUUCUACUCCUGGCGGAUCGCAGUGGAAAUUUGUAUUUGUUCGACGUUCAGCAAGUAGAUCCGGUGUUUAAACUUCCAUUUCUGCAUGGGAAACUGGGGGUCACUGACAUUCAGCUGGAGGAGGAAACACCGGAAGGAUACUUCUUCGCUACUACCGGUCAUGAUAGUACAAUAAAAUCAAUAUUUCUCCAUAGGACGGAACGCCGUCUAGAGCUGUUCGAGGCACGAAAAACGAUUAUCAAUUGGACUGAAAAGCUUUGUGGUGUUGCGAAUCGGAUGCGGUUUGUUAUGGGUUUCAAUGACUCGCAUUUUUUAGUUAUACAAGAGGACCAACAGAACGUUUUGCUUGAUGUGCAAUGCGGUGGAGGGCAUCGAUGUUGGGAUUGUGUGCUUUCCGAAGAUGAAGCUGCUCUACGCUGCUGUUUUGUGUUCAUUCAGCAUAAAAGGUUGAAACUCGUAAUGGCAAACCAGCUUCGUUUUGAAAACUCGCUUAAUUUACUUCAAGUUCCUAGACUUAGUUGGCAUGUAAAAGCUUGCAACACUGUUAGGAUUUUAAAACAUGGCCGUGCAGUACUUUUUGUGUCUGGUGGCGAAGAUAACGUGCUACGAAUAAACACAUUUUGCCCAAACAAUAAAACCUUGUCGGAACAACCACGGAAGCAUCUCCAUUGCCAUAUAUCUAGCAUCAAAACGAUUCAGCUCGUUGAUCACCCAUUCGAAUCGGAAAAGGUGCUAAUAAUAUCUGCAGGAGGUCGAGCUCAGCUUUGCAUCACCGCGCUGGACCCAGCCCAGCCUGGACGAACUAAACAGGAACUGUCCUACAUGCUGCUCUCCAGCGACAGCGAGCGGGCCCGAUGGCGAUCAAACCGAACGGCAUCAUUCGAUCCUGAGACCCGAUUCAUGUGUGUCGUUCUGCAUGAAUCCCAUCUCUUCGUCGGAUGCUCCGACGGUUUUUUACGACAAUUCGCCAUAUCACGCGCAAAUCACAAGUAUGGGGUCGAACUGCUUCAAGAAAUUUGCUACGAUCAGUGUAUUCUGCACAUAACUAAACUGACGAUGGGAACACAAACGCUCAUAGUGACGAUGGCCACAGACGGUUUUAUUUGCUUUUGGGAUCCAACCAGUCUGACGAGGCCAUUCUACAAGCUAAAGCACCAUGACAGCGGUAUCAACAGUUUUGAUAUAAGGCCAUUUGCUCGCACCGGACAGUUCCUAAUAGGAACCGGUGGAGACGAUCAAAAAGUGGUAGUAACAAAAAUACACUUUACCAUUGCCGGUAAUGGCACGAUAUCUGUGAAUCCCGAACGUACAGUGGUGAGCAGUGCACUUCACAUUGGACAAGUUACCGGAGUGAAGUUUGUUGGAGAUGGUACUAUGUGGAGUGUUGGUGUUGAUCAACGAAUUGUAUUGAUGGAUUUCUCUGGAUGGAAGGAAAUGAUUGUGCUGAAACAGCUGCAGACUUGUAUUGCUGAUGUCAAAGGGCUGGAAUUGAUACCCGAAAGUCAAUGUCUGUUUGUGUAUGGAUGUGGAUUCGAGUUCAUUAACCUGAACGUGUAGCAUUAACGUGUGGAUUAUUUUGAGAGAAAAGAUAAGCGCGACAAUAAAUAUAUUUUGGGCGCGCGCAGUUCUCACCGCAGACUUACUCUGACCAUCAGCCGGGAAAACUGAAUAUAUCGUCGUUGAAUACCAGUUAUUGAUCAAUUGUAAAUUGGUGGUUCAAUAUAGAACUUGUUGACGCAAGAUACCAGAGCUCAUCGAUAACUUUCGUGCCGUCCCACCUACGGAAGAGGAAAUCUCCGACGAGUAAACGACUCUCGAAUCUCCCAACUGGCGCGAUGCAACCAUCUUGGCGGAAUGGCUAUCAGAUUACUUUAUUUAUGGGUACUGUAUGUCCCCACACUGUACACCUCCGGUAGUGCAAAGUAGUGCAAAGGGCCGACUUGAAAGAUCUUCAUCCUGAGCGAUGUCUAGCUAUCGCUUUAAUCUGUUGCCAUUUUCCGGUCGACCUAUUUUAUUUCUUUAUUGAGACUUCGUCGUCAUGUCUAUCGGAUGAAUCCGCUA